GAAAGGGUGCUGGCUGUCUGCGACUACAAUACUGGCUCCUACUGCUGUGCGGGUUGCUGAUUUACUGAAAUUCUUCAGUGGGAGAGACAGAACAAAGCCCCCAGGUGCUGAAUCCCGUGCCCCAGGAACUCAACGGGAGCAGGAGGAGAAGGAGAGACUCGCCUUGGAAACUCUACAUCCCGGAAAGAUGCAGAGCCUCAGGCCGGAACAGAUCCGAGGGCUGCUUGAGCCUGAGAGGACCAAGACGCUGCUGCCCCAGGAGACCAGGGCCUGGGAGGAGCGCGUCGCCCUCGCCAAGGACGGGGCAGCUGUGCAGGUUGGGCCCUCCGGCGGGGACGGUGACCAGAAAGGCCUGUCUUCUUCAGAGCCUGGGCUGGCGCAGGAGUGGAACGCGGUGGAGGGAGACGAGUCCGAGGACUCACAGGGCUUUGUGGAGUGGUCGAAAGCUCCACAGCAAACCACCAUAAUCUUGGUAGUGUGUGUCCUGUUUUUGUUCCUGGUUUUAACAGGGAUGCCUGUGAUGUUCCACAUUUAACUACGAUGAGGACGAUUAUUCUGAAAUUGAUCGCUCUUUCUUGUUAAGGAAACAUCUGGGUUAAAAGUCAGCAAUAGGUUUAUUAGCAAAUGCCUUCUAAACAUCCAUCAAGAUAAUUUUUUAAAAAAGAUUUUAUUUAUUUGAAAGAGAGAGAAUAAAAGAGAGCA